AUUAAUGGUUAUGAUUGAGUAAAAUGAUUUGUAUAAAAAAAUUUCUGAUACUAAUUUUGCUCAGUGUCGGUUCUAAAAGUUGUCCUUCUAAAUAUUCGAAAGCUUCUGACGCAACAUGUCUUCAUUUGGGUGACCCUAAGCCAUCAGAUGGUGCCAGGGAUUUCUAUUGUAAUAACGAAGGAGGUGGUAAACAAUUCGGAAGACCUGUCCCAGACGAUCUCAUAGAUGGAUUGUCGAAACUUAUGAAAAGUGCCUCAGAAAGCUGGAUGCCAAGUGAAGUUUUUCUGGCAAUGCGAAGAAAAGGAGCGGAGGACUCCUUUGGACCAAAAGAAACAACGUGGCUGCAUCAUGGGGAUGAUACUGAAAUUGAAGAAAGAGAUUACCCACUUUGGUAUAGGAAUCCAAACGGCGAAGACUGUGCAACUACUGGAAGAGGAUAUAAUUUUUUAGCUAAUCCUGAUAAUUGUGGUCGUGGGGCUUCGCUGUUGUGCGAAAAAACUAGUUCACCAUGUUAUUUAGAUGAGGUCAAUUAUGUGGAGUACGAAGAACAUUGCUUAACAGUUAUAAAAGAUGCGAGAAUAUAUGACAUGGCCUUAGAUGGUUGCACACAAGGACAGUUAUUUUCUAUGAAAACUGAAGAGGACCGCAGUAGUGUUAUCCAAGCUUUCUACAAUACCCUAUUUAGUGGAGGUAUUUACAUAGGACUGACAAAACAAGAUGAUGGAACUUGGCUUUACAACAGCGGAGAUGAAGAAGAAGCUGAAGUUCCUGGCUUUGGAAAUUGUGGGGUUUUGAAAUUAAUGGAAGAUGCGAAAACUCUGAGCUUAAGUUCCGUGCAGUGUGACAAUGAAAGGUUGUUUUUCCUAUGUGAAAUUUCAACUACAGGUAAGUCAGAUGUAAUAUUAUAUAAUAUAUGUCCAAUAUAUAUUAUAUAAUAUGGAAUUUGAAAUAUUUUUUCUAUUAAAACUGUUAAAAAAAUUAUUAGGUAAAUAAUACGAAAAAUGAAUAAACGCAAUUGUUUAAAAGUAAUCAUAUACGUGUCGCGUAAUUACAAGUAAUCACGAUCUGCAAAUAGUACGAUUAUAUUUCAUGUCAAGAAUAUAUACUUCAUGUCAGGAAUAAUCAAAUACUUAUCUUAAUAUUUAAAAUUACUUAAUUACGUACUUAAUUAUUUAAAAUUCAACUCUGGUGCAAGAUAAUUUUAUUUACUAUGCUCUUUGUAAAUAGAAUAGUUAUCUCAAACAUACGCGAUUUUCCCACUCUCCAUAUGUUUCCCUCUCCCUUUACCAGGAUAACGGAUAAUCUCGUCUUUUUCGCCUAGCAAUUCGUUUUAGAUAGAAGUGUGAAUAGUGGGCAAGAUUGGUUGAUACCAUGGAAAUGGAGAAGGGAAAAGUAUAGAGAGUGGGAAAAUCACGUACCUUCGUAACGCAUAUUCUAUUAACAGCUGUCAUGCUGUUUUUUUUUUCCUUACUUUUAUGUUGAAUUUUUAAAUUAUUAAUUUAUGUUACUUUUUUGCUGUGAAUAAGUUUCCACUUAGAUUUUCUGCUUUGCAUGCUAACAGCGAAUUUGGUGAGUGAAUGCAAUUUUAAAUGUUAAAAAGUAGAGCGCAUUGUAUUCAUGUGAUAAUGUUGAAGUUUAUGUGUGAUUUGUAAUUUUUUAAAUUGAAAUGAUGCGAAUGAAAUGCAUGCUUAAUAAAUACCGAACUGCCUGAUAUAUUUAUUUGCAAGUGAAGUUUGUACGUGUGUGUGAGUUGACUUUAAUAAAUUUUGUAUUAUGAAAUAGCAUGUUGUUUCAUACCAACAUUUUGUUACCAACAUUUCGUAUGCUGAGAAUUUCAAAUUAUCAACUUUGAUAUGUACAAAUUUACAGUUGUUUUUAUUAUUUCUAUUGCUCUUAACAUAAAAUGUAAAAAUGUACAAAUUUGAUAAUAAUGUACAAACUUUUUUGUCCCACAUUCAACUUGUAUAAGAAGAAACAACAAUUUAUUAUUGUACUUAAAAAUAAAAUAACAAUUCUGCCCUUGCUUUAAAAUAAAUUUUGCUUUAGAUGUUAUUAAACUUUUGCAC